CUCACGCACGAUUCUGCCUCGUGGAUUUCUCUGUUCCCUUCGAGCAUCUCCCUGCCCCACCUCCCCACCUCCCUCUCCCCCAGGUGAAUCCCCACCUCCCCGGGCAGGGCAGGGCGGGCAGGAGGAGCUCUGUGCCGCCUCGCACCGCGGCAGCAGCAGGAGCUGCGCCAGCUGUGCCAGCUGUGCCAUGGGCGCGGAGAGGGGCCGGCAGCUGGGCAGCCUGACCGUGUUCAGCAGGGAGGAUUUCGAGGAGGACUGGCUGGGGGUGGCCAGCGGGGGCUUCGGCCACGUCUACCAGGUGAAGCACAGGAGGUGGAGGACGGUGUACGCGGUGAAGUGCUCCCCGUUCCUGCUGCAGGACGCCAGCACGGACAGGACCAGCAUGAACUGUCUAAUGGAGGAGGCGAGCAAGAUGGAGAAAAUCAAAUUCCAGCACAUUGUCACCAUCUAUGGGGUGUGCAACAGCCCUCUGGGGAUAGUGAUGGAAUAUAUGGCCAGGGGCUCCUUGGAGAGGAUCCUCCCCACGCACAGGAUGUCCUGGCAGCUGAAAUUCCGGGUGAUCCAUGAGAUGGGCUUGGCCAUGAACUUCCUGCACAGCAUGAGCCCCCCUCUGCUGCACCUGGAUCUGAAGCCAGGGAAUGUUCUCCUGGAUGGGAACAUGCAUGUCAAGAUCUCUGACUUUGGGCUGUCCAAGUGGAUGGAGCAAUCCAGCAGGAUGCAGUACAUCGAGAGCUCAGCCCUGAGGGGCACCCUGAGCUACAUCCCCCCCGAAAUGUUCCUGCAGAACAGCAAACCCCCGGGCAUCAAGUACGACGUGUACAGCUUCGGGAUCGUCAUCUGGGAGGUGCUCAUGCAGAAGAAACCCUACGCAGGGGCCAACAUGAUGGCCAUCAUCGUGAAGGUGGCAGCGGGGAAGCGGCCGGGGCUGGAGCUGGUCAGGGACGACUGGCCCGGGGAGUGCCACCAGAUGCUCGACCUGAUGAAGAGGUGCUGGGACCAGGACCCCAAGCAGAGGCCAAGCUUUGCAGAUAUCCCCGUGGAGACAGACGUGCUGCUGGCUCUGAUCCAGAGCCUGGUGCAGGACCCCGAGAACGAGCGCCUGGUCAGGAAGAUGUCCCACAAACCACCCAUCUCCAGGAGCCAGCAGGGUGACAAAGAGGAGUUCGCCUUCCCCCAAGACACCAGGAGUGGGGGGAAGGAGGAGCAGGAGGUUCCUGCCCCAGCCCUGUGCAGGGAGCCCGAGGAGCUGGGCAGGGAGCGGGAGAACGGCCUGACCCUGCUGCACCUGAUGGUCCUGCAGGGCAACGUGGGCAAGGUGCGCUCGCUGCUGGGCCGCAGGGCCGGCGUCAACAGCGCGGCGGGCGGCGGCUGGUGCGGGCUGCUGCUGGAGCACGGCGCCCUGGCCAACGCGGCCGACGAGGACGGCUGGAGCCCGCUGCACUUCGCGGCCCAGCACGGCGACGACCGCACGGUGCGGCUGCUGCUGGACCACCAGGCCCGGGUGAACGCGCAGGAGCGCGACGGCUGGACGCCGCUGCACCUGGCGGCGCAGAACGACUUCGAGAACGUGGCGAGGGUGCUGCUGUCCCGCCAGGCCGACCCCAACGUGCAGGAGGUGGAUGGGAAAACCGCCCUGCACGUGGCCGCCUGCUUCGGGCACGUGGGCCUGGUCAAGCUGCUGGCCAGCCAGGGAGCCGACCUGGAGAGGAAGCAGAAGAACCUGAGGACGCCGCUGCACGUGGCCGUGGAGAGGGGCAAGUUCAGGGUGGUGCAGUACCUGCUGAAGAACGGCAUCUCCGUCAACAGCCUGGACCAGAACCUCUACAGCGCCCUGCACCUGGCCGUGGUCAGGGGGAAGUACCUGAUCUGCGAGAAACUCAUCAAAUACGGCGCCAACGUGGAGCUGAGGACGGACAAAGGCUGGACCCCGCUGCACCUGGCCUCCUUCAAGGGGCACCUGGAGAUCAUCCGGCUGCUGAAGGGCAGCCACGCCCGGCUGGACGCCAAGGGCAGCAUGGACUGGACGCCGCUGCACCUGGCCACGCGCUACGGGGACGAGCCGGUGGUCAGCGAGCUGCUGCGCUGCGGCGCCGACCCCAACGCGGCCGAGCGCUCGCACUGGGCCCCGCUGCACUUCGCCGUGCUCAGGGGCUCCUUCCUCAGCGUCAUCCGCCUCCUGCAGGGCCGGGCCGACGUCAACGCCAGGAACAAGGUGGGCUGGACGCCGCUGCACCUGGCCGUGCUCAAGGGCAACAUGGCCAUCAUCAAGACGCUGCUGAAGGCCGGGGCGCUGCUGGACGUGGAGGACAUGACGGGCUGCACGGCCCUGCAGCUGGCCGUGAGGCACCAGCGGGACAGCGUCGUCGCCCUGCUCCAGGGCAGGGAGGCCUCGGGCAGCAGAGCUGGGAACAGGACCCCGAACGACCCCAAGGUUCCCAGGCUCAGCCCGGCAAGGACGGAUCUGUGAAUCUGUCAGCUCUGGGAUUUGCAGCUUUGCCACAUCAGGCUUAACGCACCUUGUCCUGUCACCUGCUGAUUACAGGAAAUAUUCCCCCUUUUUGAAUGGAGGUUGUUAAGCGUGAGCACUAAGAGAGUGAACGAAAAUGGAGUUAUAUGAUGACAAGUUCUUUUCCAAGCCUCUAGAAUGUUUUGGCUCGGUGAUAUUCGGGCAGUGCUUUCCUACUGAAUCCUUCCUGAGCAGGGAUUUAUGCAGCCCCUGUUCCUGCAGGCAGUGCUGAAGCUGUGCACAGCACACACACAUCUUCCACAGCUUUUAUUGCUUUUAUUCCAUGUUUCCCUACAGAGAAAAUUGGUGUAAAAUGGCCCUGGCACAGGUGGGAAUUGAAUCGUGAGAUUGUCACCUGCUGCUGGCACAGCAAUGUGUCAGAUUUCCUGACAUCUCCUUUCUGUAACAAGAAUUAAAUAAAACAAGGCAGGAAGGAAAAAUCACUGGUAGAGAGCAUUGAAAUGGAUGCAGCACAGGGAACAGAAAAUCCAGAAUAAUCACACACCACAUCUGGCUGCUCACAGGUCAAGGUCUGAGUCGUGUCUCUGGGGGGAAAUAAUCCUGGUUUCCUUCAGGAAAAUGUCCCAGAGCUUGAUCACUGCUGUGAAAAACAUGGUGGUGGUGGAUUUGCUGCCCCUGGGACAGUGAGAAGUGCUGGUGAGCAGCUCUGCCAGCCCUGCUGUGGCUCCUGAGGGUCCCCAAACGUGCCUGCUGUGACUUGUCAUGGCCUCGAGCUGGGAAGAGGCUGAAAUAAAAACAAACAGCCCCAGCUCUGCAGGGGAGCUGUUGUUGCCUGAUAAUGUGAGAUUAAACAGGUUAAAAAGCCCAAACUCUACUAAUUUUGUUUUCAUUUUAUAUUAACCUCAAGUAUUGAUGUGUGCUGUAUUC